UGGAUUACUCUUGUCUAGUCUGUUGCAUUUAAUAGUAUUUUAAAUACUAUUUAAGUAAUGACAGCAAUUACUGGCAAAGAAAAUUUAUUUUUUACUUUCAAUUGUUAACAAUUAACUACCAUUUUUUGAUGGAGCUACAGAUGUAUUUUUUAGAGACUAUUUUCUUUAAAGUACUUUGCUGUUUUUUUAGAAGUAUGCAAUGACUUAUUUCACCAACUAAAAGAUGCAUACAGGUUUCCUCUCACGAAUAAAAACCUUGAUGCAACGUUCUUUACACAGACCCUUAUGUUAUAAUGUUUUGCCAAAUCAUUUGCGACAAAGAUUGUUUUCCCCGUCUUAUCAGACAAUAAAAAUCAAUACUAAUAUAGAACACAUAGAAAGCAUACAUAGGCGAAAAUUAUCCACCACGAACUAUAUGCUACAUGGGGGUGGUGAACAUGACAAACCCAUUCCGGAUGAAGAAGCAGUCAAUGUUACGUAUAUAGACAGAGAAAAUGUUAAGCACCAUGUGAGGGCUAGGGUUGGAGACAAUGCAUUAUAUCUUGCCCAUAGACACAAUAUCGAUCUUGAAGGAGCGUGCGAAGCCUCGUUAGCAUGCUCAACGUGUCAUGUGUAUGUUGCUGAUCAGUACCUUGAGUCAUUAGAAGAACCUUUAGAAGAGGAGGAAGACAUGUUGGAUAUGGCUCCUUUCUUGCAGGAUAACUCAAGACUGGGUUGCCAAAUUAUAUUAACAAAAGAAAUGGAUGGAAUUGUGCUAACUUUACCAAAAAUUACUAGAAACUUUUAUGUUGAUGGUCAUGUGCCUAAACCACAUUAAAAUGUACUCAUAAUAUCAACUUAUAUUAUUUUUUACUGUCGUCUUUUUUCUUUUAAAAAGUAACAGACUGGAAAAUUUCUGUAGAUAGUGAAAGGAUUUAGUGUCGAAAUACUGAAAGUAUGAUGUUUUU